UGCAGGUGUCCGUGGUUUUUAUUCUGACACUUCGGAGACAGGACCCGACCAUAAGUAGCCUAGAGUCAAAGCAGAUAAAAUAAAAUAAAAAUGUUUGAUCUGCCAUGAAAUCCGAAAAGAGCAGCAAAGGAGCGAUCUGGUAGUCUGGAUGAGAGACCCCCGCUGGGUGAAGACACGCAGCGUAUGUUAGCUGAGCCAUGAAAGCUCGCUGCCAUUGACUGAGGCUGAGGCUGAAGCAAGAGCAAAAGGAUGAAGACCGAGCGCAUGGGAGUGUGCAUCCUCAAGCAAAUCAGCGCCUCGCUGAUCAUUUCAAGGUAUUCGUCAGUUUCAGAUUAGUAAUCCGCGAUAUUUUCCACUGUCUGGACAGGCGAUGCUGGCGGCUUGAACGAUGGCAUUUAUUGUCGCCAGACAAAUUCCAUUUCUCAUCCUGCUGAUGUUGGCUGCAAGAACAAUAAGGCCUGUUCGGUGGGUGAAACGUUCAGGGAUUAAUCACGUUAUGGUUGGCAUGUUAGAUGAGAUGCACGUGAGAGUAGCUGCAUCUUGAAUUUUCCACCUGAAAUCUACUAAAUAUGGAGGACCAGAUACAACAGCUGAACCUGCUGCUGUGACACCCUGAAAAGCAAACAUAACCUGAGCUGGUUUUCUCUCAUGUCACUCUGCUGAUUAAUAUGGGACUAAGCUGACUUCAUGUCAAUGCUGUUAGAAGUGAGGCACACAUGCACUCACUGUGUAUAGUGUCUGAUGAACAAUGCCAAGCUCUCAGGUACACAGUAUGGGAACAAAUUUCACAGAUGUUCCCUGGGAGCCGGGUUUCACCAGUUCCGGUCAGGACCUAGUGUGGUCCUCCACUGCCAACAGUGUGGUGAAGAUGGUGCUCAUAUCUCUCAUUGUGUGUAUGUCCAUGUUUGGGAAUGUGGUGGUUCUGUUGGUGUUCCAAAGGAAGCCUCAGCUCCUUCAUGUUGCAAACCGCUUUGUCCUCAACCUCCUCUUGGCAGACCUACUCCAGACCAUAUUGGUCAUGCCUUUUGCUAUUGCAGCUACAGUGCCAGGUGUGUGGCCUCUGGAUGCCAGACUGUGCCAGGCCCUGGUGGUGCUCAUGCACCUUUUUGCUUUCGCGGGGGUCAACACAAUUAUAGUCGUCUCUGUGGAUCGUUACCUGGCAAUCAUCCACCCUUUGUCCUAUCCCACUCGAAUGACCCCUCACCUGGGCACCAACCUCAUUAUCUGCACCUGGGUGCUCAGCUUUCUGCAGAGCACCCCUCCGCUGUAUGGGUGGGGCAUCAUUGACUUUGACCGUCGUCACAAUACGUGCUCAGUGGUGUGGUCCUCUAGCCUGUCCUACUCUGCUGUAGUGUCCACCUUGUCUUUCUGGCUGCCUGUGCUUAUUAUGCUCGGAUGUUACUGGAUGGUGUUCAGAGCGGCUCGGAGGCAGAAUGCUCUUGUGCACCCUGUACAGACACAAUCCAUCUCCCAGCCCUGCCCACAAGACUUCCAGGGAUCUAGCAGUCCACAGCGACAGCCCCAAGACCAGCAGGGAAGUUCACCUGAUGGUCCCUACUCAGCCAGAGCAUACCCUGUUCGAGUCAGGCACAGACGGUUCCACUACCACUGCAAGGCUGCUCGUGUAGUUUUUGUGAUCAUGGCCUCAUAUAUCCUCAGCAUGGGUCCUUACACUGUACUGAAUACUAUAUCUAUGAGCACCAGAGCAGCUGUACCACCCUGGCUGUCGUCCCUUGCUCUUGUGUUCUUUUUUUUACAGUGCUGCCUACACCCCUACAUUUACGGUUACAUGCACCGCAGUGUGAGGAAGGAAUUCCUAGCUUUGCUCUGUGGACUGUUCUGCAAACAGGGCCGUCCCAGCCAGAGUUCUGCUGUAGAGAGCUGCUUCACUACUACAGAGGGACGCUCAGGAGGCCACCCUCACCUGCCCAGCCUGGCUGCUCGAGUCCUCCCUCUGCGGCCUUGGGCAGAAUGCACAACAUCCUCCUCUCCCACUUUUGAGAGGAGGUCAAGGGACAGCCGUAAAGAGACCACCUCUACCAGCAUCAGCUCUGAGAGGGAGCUCACAGUCAACAGCAAACAAAGCACAUGAACUGCCUUGAGGAUCCAUCAGUAGACUUACUUGAAAAGCUUGUUCUUGUGUGUUCACACAUGAGCUAAUAUGCCUUCUUUACAACAGGGUAAUUCAUUCUGAAGUUGCUGGCAUUAGGAACAAUUGCAUACUUGAUCACCAAUAUAUAAUCUUUUAUGAAUUUUUCAUCAGCUCAAUUACACACCAAACUGGUGUCAAGUCAUGUCUCUUUGGAAAGACAUUGUUGAAUUAUGAAUAAUAGGUUAAAUGAGUUUCGUUUUCAUUAGGUCAAAUUUUGAGAAACAUCUUGUUUUUGUUUUAUAUGUAAAUGCAGUUUUAAGAGUUACCACAUGGGCCAUGUAAAUGUAACAUGUGCAGCCGUUCUUACUGUUUUGUCCCUAGAAAACAUGAAUAUUGUUUUAAAUGUAUGCAGUUAUUGUACUGUCUAAUGUUACAUAAAAUGGUCAUUUAAAUCAAUCUCAAUUUUCCAAAACUAAAGUAAAAUUACAAGUGUUUAAUUUCUAUUUUACAUCUUUGCUGCAGGUUUAUUAUAAAUGUCACUGGGUUUUUUCAACCUAGAUUUUCUUUGUUGAGAUUUUUACAGCGGGUCAAUGUGACAGGUGUUUUUCUGGCUACCUUGUUCUAGGCGUGGGUCAUUGAUGUCCGAUAGAUAAGGUAUUGAUCAGCAGUAUCCGCACAACUAUUCUACCUUUAAACUUUGUGUGAGGGUGUAUUCUCUGUGAUCCUGCCCUAGGGCAUAGGAGGUACUGUCCUUGUGUUAGUGCAAGCACGCUUUGCCUGCAACUAAUGAACUCAGGGUAUGCUUGCGGAAAAAUCUGCAGUGCCCAUCUCUGUUCAUGAAUCUUGGUGAGUAAGUGAACAUAUGUGUUUACAUCUUAGUCUCAAAGCACCUUCUGAGUAAACACAUACAAGAGUGAUUCAUUGU